GGUGCGCCGAGUGCUUGAAGCCCGGCCGGCCGGGCGUUAUCGCGGUGUGCGAGCUGACAGGUAACGGCGAUGGGCGGCGGGCGCUGAGCUCCCGGCGAGGGCACGACACCCAGAAGAUGGAGAUCGAGAAAAGAACCAAUGGCUACGAAUAUGAAGAGAAAAACGGUUUAAAGCCCCUCAGCAGUACAGAUGUACAGCAUUUGGAAUCCUCCUCAGUGCUUCAGAUGAACUCACUAAACAAUGAUCGCACUGAUCUGCGAACCUGCCUUAUCUGUGGAGACAGAGCUACGGGUCUGCACUAUGGUAUCAUUUCAUGUGAGGGAUGCAAAGGCUUUUUCAAGCGUAGUAUUUGCAACAAGCGGGUUUACAGAUGCAGCCGGGACAAGAAUUGUGUCAUGUCACGCAAACAACGAAACAGAUGUCAGUACUGUCGGCUGCUUAAAUGUCUGCAAAUGGGCAUGAACCGAAAAGCAAUCAGGGAGGAUGGAAUGCCAGGAGGUCGAAACAAAAGUAUUGGUCCUAUUCAGAUAUCUGAAGAAGAGAUUGAAAGAAUUAUGUCUGGGCAAGAAUUUCAGGAGGAGGCCAACAUUUCAUGGAGCAACAAUGGAGACAGUGAUCAUAGCUCCCCUGGUAUACAUGGUAUCUCUGAAGGGAACCAACCAUCACCUGUUUCUAAUCCUUCCUCAAGAUCACUGGAACUGAAUGGGUACACUGCACUCAGGGAUCAAUUCAUAGGGACACCAGUCUCCACGCACUAUCAGUACCUGCCGCACCUUUUUAGCUAUGCUGCUCAUUCAGGUCUGUUGCCAGCUCAACCCCGCAGCCUAGAUCCCCAGUCACAUACUUUGGUUAGCCAGUUGGUUGGAGCAGAAGACCUCGAACCUCUUGGAACACCAAUGCUGAUUGAAGAUGGGUAUAAGGUAACUCAGGCAGAGCUAUUUGCUCUACUUUGCCGCUUAGCUGAUGAGUUGCUUUUCAGGCAAAUUGGCUGGAUCAAGAAAUUGCCAUUUUUCUGUGAAUUAUCAAUCAAAGAUUACACCUGCCUGCUGAGUUCCACCUGGCAGGAGCUCAUCCUCCUCUCUUCCCUUACUGUCUAUGACCGACAAAUUUUUGGAGAUCUUGCUGAUGUCACUUCAAAGUAUGCGCCAUCUGAUGAUGAACUUCAAAGAUUCAGUGAAGAGGGAAUGGAAGUUAUGGAACGACUAAUCUACCUCUUUAGAAAAUUUCAACAGCUGAAAGUUAGCAAUGAGGAGUAUGUGUGCAUGAAAGCUAUCAACUUUCUUAAUCAAGAUAUUGGGGGACUGACCAAUGUAUCUCAGUUGGAGCAGUUGAACAAGCGUUACUGGUAUGUGUGCCAGGAUUACACUGAGUUUAAAUACCCACACCAGACCAAUCGCUUUCCUGAACUCAUGAUGUGCCUGCCAGAAAUACGCUACAUUGCAGGUAAACUGGUCAAUAUUCCUUUGGAACAGCUGCCUCUGCUUUUCAAAGCAGUCCUGCACUCAUGUAAAACCAACACAAAUAAAGAAUGAGCCGUCAGCCUGUGGCCCUCGAAUUUUCCAUGCCUUACUGCCUCAGGUGAAGAAGGAAUACAGACGGGGAAUAAAGUUGACCAAGGUUCGGAGAACAGGGAAAAUCCUCAGAUUAAGAGUGAAGCCUUGUGACUCUGAAAACAGCUAGAUUUUACUUUUAUCUAUUUAUUUCACGACAGAGUUGAAUGUAUGAUCUUCAACGCAGUGCACAUGCUUCUGUACAAUGCAGUUAAUGCAUUUCCUUGCAGUUUACGGUAUGUAGGGUCUUAUUGUUACAGUAUUACCAUUUUAGAUCUAGUUGAAUUUUUUUAUAUUUUUCGGGGAGGGGGCUGAGCAAAGAUUUGUUUUAUUAAGACUACCUCAAUAAUGAGAUGACCAUUUGUGUGUCUCUCCAUUUCAAUAUGCCUUAAGGCUGUCUCUAAAGCGGUCCAUUCUGGCAAGCUGCUGCCUUGUUACAACAAAUCGGUACUAACUGCAAUCAGAUCAAUUGCAAACUCUUUAUUUCCAGACUUUGCAAGAGGUUUUAUUUAAAAUUUUUUAUAUUUGUUGUGUGGACAUCAUUUUUGUACACAGGUUCAGUGGGGAUCCUACAAAAGGAUGGUGCAAUAAAGUGCAUCCAGGCGCUGUAACCAGGCUAUUUACAGUGGUUUUUUACUGAUGAGUGAGGCAGUUACAAUUGGCAUCUAGUGGGGAAAUGCAAUUAUUUUUCUCUUAUAAGCUAAUACUUUAUCAAUAUUACAUUUGGUACUGAUGCAGAUGCAUAAGAAACCGUGCCAUCUUGAAAUAUUUACUGUCAACCAAAAAGCCCUGCUAAGCUAUACAGAAAUACUGAUAAUAUGUUAUUAAUAUGGUUUUUCAGAACAGACAGGUUGCCAUGGUCAAGGAUCAAUAGUCAGUAUGUGUUAAAAACCAAAGAUUUCAUGUACCGGAAAUGGUAAAUACAUUUCAGAAUUAUUAUGCAUUGUAUGUCUAAAAUGUCAAGCAGUUAUAAAUUAUUUAAAUCCUUGCCUAGGGAUAACAUUAGAAGGAGCUAAAAUCUGAGUUUUAAAGUUAUAUUCUUAUUGGACUUUUGUAAACUUGAAGUACAAGGCAGCAUUGCUUCCCAAGGCAUGUGUACCUAUAUAUCUUCCCUGUCAACACCAUAUAGAGUAGUCAUUGGGGAAAAGCUGUUUGGCAAGUCAUAUUAUCGUUUCCAAAACAUUAUCGUGAUCCUGUUAUCUAUUUUUAGACUUGUGGGUGAGGGAAUAGUUGUCCUAGAAUUCUUGCACAAUUAAGAAAUUCAGAGCUAUACAGAUCUUCUUUCAGAUAAUCAAAAUCUGCAGUACUUUAUACACCAUCACUAUUUGUACAUGUUAAAGAUUCAAUAUAAGUCACUGACAUUUAGUAACAUGGCUCCAUCGUCUCCCCAUCCAUUCAUUUACCCUUUAAAUAAAAUACCCUGUUGACAUAUUUGUAGAGCCCAAAUAUUAGUUAAAUCAAUGGAAAUACCCUGUAAAGAACCUUUUUUUGCAAUUUCACCUUCUAAGUGUAUUCAUGGUCUGGCUGAAGAAUUCUCUCAGUUUAUAUAAUUAUUUCCUUUCAUCUCAAAGUUGCCAAGAACAUCAGAAACUUCUUAAAAACAAAAAAAAUCUUAGUGCUUUUGAGAUGCAGGGAUUUUAGCAGUUACUCGUGGGUGCAGUUAACUUUUUAAAGUAAUCAAUCUCCCUUCAAGAUUCUGCUGGUUUUAUUCCUAACUGUACAAGCAUACACUAUUACACACUCCUAAUGUGAAAUAGAUUUACAUGGCAUGUUUGACUUCAGAUGUUCACAGGGAAGAUUUGUAGGUGCCUGUUUUACCUCAAUACUUUUUUCAUUUUUUUUCUCCACUAGUUAAAUCAAGAAGACCUUUUUAUGAGAGGUAUUCUUUCAGCUCCCUGUCCUAAUUUGUGAUCACAUUAAAUUCAAUCAUUCCUGCAGCCAGACUCCAGAUAUGCUCAGUUUAAGGCAAGAGAUUCAUGCCAUUUUUCAGAAUAGUGGACUCAUUUCUGAUGAAAAAUAUUUAAAAUUGCAUAAGCUAUUGAUUUGUUUUGCAAAAUGCUUCUCACCUGCGUAAUCAUUCUGUUCAAAAAAAAUGGUCAAAGCCAUUUAGAAUUGGCAUGGAAAUGACUAUCAAAAUGCUCCAGAAAUAGCUAUAAUAUUUGUAGCUUAAUAUGCUUGAAAAUGGACAUACCUGAACUCUCCAAUGCAGGCGUCUUCAUCAUAUUCGUCCACAAGUCUUUAAUGGCUUGUUUUAAAACAGGGUAAAGUGAAUGUGUUGUGUUGCAUACAAAAAUUACUCAGGUAUUAUGAUGAAAGUAGAUGAACUAGUUUUAGAAGUAGAAAUUUUGAUCCACAAGUAUCUUUCCCUUUAAAUUGCAAUUGAGGGCAAUGGUUGAAAGGCUGGAUAUUUUACAGGGAAUUGAGAAUUUAAAUCUUGCUUUAAUACAUGGGUGAGCAUGGAUGACGUGAGACCAGUUUGCAAAAUCAAAUGCAGCUGAAUCUUGAUGCAUUUCCCCAACAAUGUGUGCAACAUUUGCCAAGUAAAGACUCAGAAUUGUUUGUUGCUACCUUGCACUCAACACAGCAAGGGCUUUUGAUCUUUAUCGCAUUGCAAUACCCACCAAAAAAAUACAGUACUUGAAUGAUAAUUAGUAAAAUACUGAUAUGGUUCUAAGUUACACAUCUUCCAUAAUUGGAGAUGGGGAUAAUAAAUGGGAGACAUUAAUUGGUUACAAUUCUGAAUCAUGUUAUUUGUAAUGGUACUGUAACUGUUACUUGUUGGUGUGUUUUACUUUCCCAAAUACAAAAAAAAUUGACAGAAGCAAAAAUUUAAUUUAUUUACCUGAUCUCGUAGCCAUUUCUAGUUAAUAUUAAAUAACUUUAUCAUUAUUGGAACUACUUGGUAAAUGUGUAAUACAUAUGUUUGAAAGCAGCCAGUAAAUGUGAAAUAAUUGAAAUGAAACCAAGGUCCAGUGUGUGGAACUAAAAGUAUUUUGUAUCACUGUGAAAAUGCUUCAGAAUGUAAACAUAGAGGCAGCACAGUUAGUUUCAUCAAUUCCUUCAAACAUGAUUGUCCAGACCUUCAAAGCAAAAUCCCUCUUUAAACUUGAAAUUUAUUUCUACCUUUUGUUUUAAUUAUCUUUUACAAGUUUUUCUGUGAAUGUGGCUGAAAGUAAACCACAAAUAUUAAUUAUUUACUUUUUUAAUUGAGUUAAAUUUUCAAGUUAGAUGUUUGUGAAAAUGUAUCUCUUUCUCAGGAUGAUAAGCGGCAA